AGGUCCAAUAUGAAACUGACAAGGAAGAGGAGUCAGAUUCUGACCAAGAGGAAAAUGAAGGCAGCAAACUACUGGGGAUGGAGUUGAAAACGGAGAAAGACGUGAAAAAGGCUAUCAAACACCAAGCGACUAAGCAAGUUCAGAAAAGUAAAGCUUUUCCAGACGAAACAGAGAUUGGAGAAGAAGAAGCAAAUAAAAAAGUCACAUAAAAAUAAACAUGAGAGAGUAAAGGCACGAAUGAAAAAACAAAAAUUUAAAGGAAAUAAAUUUAAGAGAUGAAGUUGUAUUAGUGGAUAUUUUUAAUUAAAGUUUAAAAAUAUGUUUUCUAAUAUUUUCCAACCUUACGUCAAUUUUUAUAUAUGCUAACUGCUAUACAGCUGACCUAAGAAUCAACUAUCAUUCUCCUUAAAAUUUUAAAAAUUGGAUCCUUUUUAAAUGCCAAAUUUAAACUAUUCUUUUCUGGCCGAUUUUGGAAUUUUAUUUUUCAUUGUCCCAAUUUAAUUUUCUGGCACAAAAACACUCUGAUUAUUACCAUCUCAAACAUCAGUCUUCUAACAUAAAAAUUAAUUGUAUAUAUUAUGUUUUAUAAGAUUAGAUAUCAAUAUACAGUUUAUUAGGAACAAAUUAUAUUUAUAAUUAUAAUAUUAUGAUAUAUAUAAUUAUACAUUAUAAUUAUUGUUUAUAAUUAUAUUUAUAAUUGUUAAUUUUGCCUCAAAACCAACUAAGCAUUACAACACAUAAUGUAUAA